GUUGCACUCAAUUACCAAACAGAAGGACGAAUGAUGGAAUUAAAUCGUGCAAAAUUCAAGGUGAAUGGCAAUUGUGGCUAUGUCCUCAAACCCCAGCAGAUGUGCAAAGGUGCAUUUAACCCUUUUUCUGGAGACCCAUUACCUGCCAGCCCCAAAAAGCAACUAAUUCUUAAAAUUAUUAGUGGACAACAGCUUCCAAAACCCCCUGAUUCUAUGCUUGGAGACCGAGGGGAGAUCAUUGACCCUUAUGUCGAAGUAGAAAUGAUUGGUCUGCCUGUUGACUGCUGCAAAGAGCAGACUCGAGUGGUGGAUGACAAUGGAUUUAAUCCAGUGUGGGAGGAGACCCUUACAUUUACAAUCCAUAUGCCAGAGAUAGCACUUGUGAGGUUCUUAGUAUGGGACCAUGAUCCAAUUGGACGGGAUUUUGUUGGCCAGAGGACUGUUGCCUUCAGCAGUCUUUUGCCUGGAUACCGACAUGUUUAUUUGGAAGGUUUGACAGAAGCAUCAAUCUUUGUCCACGUUACAAUUAAUGAGAUUUAUGGGAAGAAUAGGCAAUUUAUUGGACUUAAAGGGCUUUUCACUAAAAAUUCAAAGCAUAGUUCUGUGGAAAGCAAUGGUCACAUAAGAAAACGUUCCAUUGGAGACCGGAUAUUGAGACGUACUGCCAGCGCACCUGCAAAAGGCAGAAAGAAGACCAAAAUGGUGUUUCAAGAGUCCACAGAGAGCAGAGACCUUCCAUGUGAGGUGUCUGGUGCUAAGGAAAAAGAUGUUGUAAUGAGAAGAACUUCCCGAAGUCUACAGUCGAGGCCUGUCUCCAUGCCAGUGGACAAGUUUGUUCUUGGGGCCUUUGAACCUUCUACAUCACAGACAUCUAAGGAUACCAAAUCAAAUGACAUAACUUCAGGGAAGAAGGAAUGUAAGAGCCAAGGCAAACCACUGAUGGAAGAACCAAUACUUGAAAAUUCCCAGAAUCUUGCAUGUCUUCCCAGAGAUCCAUAUCAGGCUAAUACCACUGCCAAAGGAAACAUUAUACAUAAAAAAUGGCAAAGCUUACAUUUAGACUAUGGAAAGAAUGUUGAAGAUGAUGUCAGGGAAUUUAAUGAUACUUAUACCAGUGAAUCAGAAGAUGGAAAGGAUGAAGUCAAACAGAUAGAAUACAUUGUGCAGGAUUCUAAACCAAAAUCAUUAUCAGAUUCACAUCCUCAAACUGAGUUUUCAACCAGAACCUCAGCAUGCAAUAUAAAAGAAUGUCCAUCUAUUACUAAUUUAUCAAGUACCAUCUUCACUGAUGUCAAUAAUUUACAGACCACUGCAGCUAUGUUAGAAAACGAUAUAUCUCAAAUAAUAAAUGAGGUUUCUUCUGUAAAUGAGAGUGAACUUGGCAGCUCAAUCUCUGCCUUGAUUGGGCAGUUUGAGGGCACUGAAGACAGAGCUAGUUUGAUUCAUGUCUCCAGUUUAAAUGGCACCAAUAAUAAUCUACAGUGUUCUGGAUAUUCACAAAUGAUCAUGCCUUCUGUUUCAACACCUAAAAAGCUUUGUCCUGGUUCAACCCAUGUGGACAGAUUGUUACACUCCACAACUGACACAACUAUUUUCUCUAGCUCAGAGACAGCAGAAUAUUCAGUGUACACAAUUAUUAAUGAGGAAAACUUGACGCCAGAAACUGGUAAUAUGUUAAUGGAUGCAAACACUGUCCAAAUGGAGAACAGAAUAGUACAUGAAUCAGGAAAGUCUCAGUGCAAACCACCUUAUCCUGAAUUAAAGCCAAAGCCUGCAAAAGUGCUGUAUCCUGAGAUAAAGCCUAAGCCUUCAAGGACUCAACUAGCAAGUUGGAGAGGUCUACUGAACCAUGACUCAGUUUGCCAUACAGACAAUGCACACAAUAAAAUUCCUUCAGUGCCACCCAUAAUUAAAUCCAAUAGUAGUCCAUCUGUUGUUCAAAAGGAAUCUCAGGGUGUGUCACACACAGUUUUCAAGAUAACGAUCUGAAUUGUAGAUCUUCCUUGUUUUACAAACAUAAUCACAGUUGUGAUAGCAAUUCAAAGAAAAUAUAUCAAGCACAGAUACUAAAUACCAAUGUCAGCAAACAGGGUAUAAGCAACACUUAUGAUGGACAAAAACAAAAUCAAGUCAUCCAGUUAAAUCAGUAUAAAGACCAUGACCAAUACCCAACCUCAGAAGUUACAAAAGGUCAUCAGUAUGGUGCCCAUAAAGGCAGCUUCCAUAUCCCUCACUUACUCAAAUAUCCAAUUUGUUCAGAACAGGGAACUAAUCAAUCAAGUCCAUGCAAAUCAAAGAGUCUUGGAGAUCUGACUUCAGAGGACAUAUCUUGCAAUUUUGACAGCAAGUACAAGCGAAUAAAUAGGGGCUUCCUUUUAUCUGGCAAUGCCCAGGAUGCAAAUUGUUUUGCAAAAACUAAACACCAGUCAACAGACGCAUUGACUGAACAGUUGAGGAAACUGGUAUCUUAUGACCAGGAAGACUGUAAUAAAACACUAUACUGUGAAGAUGAUGAAUGGGACAAACCUAAACCUCUAGCUCGGAAGCUAUCAUCAAGAAGUCAAAGUAGAGUGAGAAACAUUGCAAACCGUGCCAAGGAGAGACAGGAGGCCAAUAGGUUAAAACAUGUCAACCAAAUUCCAAAUGGAGUAGUUCUUCGGAACAAACCACCAACCUCCACUCAGCCUGUAAACAGACAUUCCACUGGCUCUUAUAUAGCAGGGUACUGCAGUAACUUUAACUUGGAUAGCCUAGAAGGCAGAGGUAUACCAGAGGGUGCAUGUUCUUCUCAAACUUAUGGACACAGUGAUCUGUUUUGUAGAGAUCAUUUCACUUAUCAGACUGAGCCAUGCAAUACUGAUGAACCAGAAAUAUAUUUCCUACUAAGAUUGUAA